AUGAAAGUGUUUAAUCUUAGACUUUCCGACAUUAUCCAUAGAUCUCUUGUAGUUUUUUUAUCUGGAUUGAGCGUCUAUGGAACAGUGAAUGUUGGUUAUCUGCUUUAUAAAAGGAAGAAAAAAUUAAAGAUUAUUGAAGAUCAAAUUCGAGAAGGGCUUUUACCACCAACACCUGUAAAGAAAUCUACGUCUCAUGAUAAACAUGUUUAA